AUGUCCCAGGUCAUAUACUUGGCCGAUGAACUGCAGUACCUGUUGAUUCUAACACUUGUUCAUUGCGCGGUUCCACCACCAGCUGGCUCAUCGACAGCAUUCUCUGAUGCUUGUAUCAACUCUGCUAGAGCUACUUUGGACACGCAUCAAUUGUGUAUGGCGUAUGUGGGAACAAAGGGCAACCAAUUACUCUCAUCAUAUCUCAACUGGGUGAUUCUUUUCUCGCCUUUUAUUUCAUUCGUCGUGCUGUUCUGCCAUGUUAUUGAGACUGGAAACGCGGAAGAUCUAACUCGAAUGGGAAGUUUCGUUGGAUCCAUAGAGUCCCUUGAGCUAGGAUCUGGCCAAAUUGCCAAUCAUCACCGUCUUUUCGAGGUUCUCUACCAAGUUUCCAAGCGGUACAGUGAACUGAAAGCUACUACGACUUCCGCCCAGGCUCAGAACAUCGAGUUGAUUUCCGAAAUGGACACCUAUUUUAGCUAUCUUGGCUACCAUCCUAAUCGAGAACCCACUAUCAACUCUGAAGUACACAACAGUACGACUGCAGCAGCCCUGGUGGCCACGACUGUUGGGGCAGUCCUGCCUGCCAUCGGUGAUAUGAGCAUGCUCUUGGAAAACCCAAAUUUAAAUCCCGGAAGGGAGCAGAAUUCACAGUUGGGGAAUUGGUUUCCACUAAGCCAACAAAUGAUGACAUUGCUUGACAACGACCCCUUUUUCGAGUCACCGGGUGCCUAG